UCACGGGGUCGUGAGGGGUACGCAUUGCCUUCGUCGAUUGGCCGUACCCACGUUCGUUCGUCGUGACGCGCGAAAACCGUACGUGCAUGCUCUGUUCGCCUCGAGAAACGUAAAUAUCGGGCGACCGUGAAUUGUCCUGUCAGUGUUUACUGUGCGGUGUCGUGUCGCGAGAGUUGCACGUUACGCGCGUGAUUUUCGAUACCCUUUCGACGUACGAGGAGACAGUGACGGAGAGUACGCGAAAAGAGGAAGCUGAGACAACUUCGCUACAUCUGCGGACACGAGAACUAGAGACGCUCCGAUUUACCAACGCUGUCACCGAAACGUUUCGCAAGGGAAAGUACUCUAUUUGGAUUCCAAGGAUAAAGCUACCCUUCAGGUUGACGAGGCAGAAAUGGCACGAGCAGAGUCACGGUGAGAAAAGGGCGAGGGUGAAGCCCUCGCGCGAACCGUGAGCUAUGGUGAAAAGCUUCGGUUUCUUCGCCAGGAGGGCGAUACCUGCCGUCCACCUUCUGCUUUUUCUCGCCCUGGGUGGCACCGCGCGCGCCGUAGACCUCUCCCAAUGCAUCGCGCCGCUCGGCAUGGAAUCCGGUGCGAUUCCGGACGCGGAUAUCACGGCCAGCUCUACCUUCGACACAGGAAACGUCGGUCCGCACCUAGCACGGUUAAAAGCGGAGAAUCUUGGCGGCGCAUGGUGCCCCAAGAAUCAGAUCACCCAGGAAGCCCGGGAAUGGUUGGAGAUCGACCUCCAUACGGUUCAUUUGAUCACUGGUACCGCUACCCAAGGUCGCUUCGGGAACGGCUUGGGCGUUGAGUACGCGGAGGCGUAUCUCCUCGAGUACUGGCGACCGCGUCUGGGCAAGUGGGUUCGAUACAGAGAUAUCAAAGGGAAAGAGGUAAUACAGGGUAACACGAACACGUAUUUGGAGUCCAAGCACGAGCUGGAGCCGCCUCUGUGGGCGAGCAAGAUCCGUUUUCUGCCCUACAGCCAUCACACGCGGACGGUUUGCAUGCGGGUCGAGCUCUACGGAUGUUACUGGAGCGAUGGCGUGGUAUCCUACUCGAUGCCCCAGGGUGAUAAAAGGGGUAAUGGAUGGGAAUUCUUCGACGCCACCUACGACGGACACUGGGACGGGGAGCUACGCCGAGGCCUGGGUCAGCUGACAGACGGCAGGACGGGUCCUGAUAACUUCAAAAUGGGAUAUUACGAUAACGAUCGCACGCCUGGAUGGGUCGGCUGGCGGAACGAUACUCGUGGACAGCCGGUCGAGAUCAAGUUCGAGUUCGACAAGGUCAGGGAAUUCUCGGCCAUUCAUAUCUACUGCAACAACCAGUUCACCAAGGAUGUCCAGGUGUUCUCUCAAGUCGACAUUCUGUUCAGCAUCGGCGGGAAGUACUAUACAGGCGAGCCGAUCACGUACACCUACAUGGAGGACAAGAUAUUCGAGACGUCGCGUAACAUCACCAUCAAGCUCCAUCAUCGCGUCGGGAAAUACGUCAAGCUGAGACUCCAUUUCUCGAACAGGUGGAUUAUGAUCAGCGAAGUGACCUUUGACUCCGACGUGGCUCACGGUAACUUCACGCCAGAGGAAGCGCCGACGACCGAGUCACCCAUUCAGAGCGACGUCUUCGUGGAGAAAAAUGGUGCAGCGGAGGGUGAACUUCCGGUCUCGACGGCGAAGCACGACGACCCGACGUACAUGGCGGUCGUGAUCGGCGUGCUAACCGCCGUGAUCCUCUUGCUCGCCGUGGCGAUAUUUCUGAUUGUCUCGAGGCACAGGCAACGCAAGUGUUUCGCCAGUCCCAUGACUGGCAAGGCCCCCUCUCAUCUCGGAUCUACCUGCGCCACCGUCGAAAAAGGAGCUGCAUUGAUGGCGUACACUCUGGAGGACGACGAAAGAUACGCAGGCGGCUCGCUGCCAACAUUACCGCGGGACCUGGGCAACCGCCUCCUGGACAUCGUGAAGCUGGACGACUAUCAGGAACCGUACCAGGCUUUAAAGUACGCCCCGUACUACAGCUACAGCACAGUCGUUAUGGAGAUGAAAGACAUGAUGCUGAACAACAAGGGCACCAAUAUCAAUCACUCAGCGGUGUACGCGAACGGUGCAGUUGACACAUCGUACGAUUAUGCGGUACCGGAACUCGGCACGGUGCCCCUGCUCAACCAGGACGCCACAGGACGCGGGCCUGCCGUUUCCAGCGGCACCAGCGACCAGGACAGCCUCUUCUCCAAGACUUCUUCUCGCGGCAACAAGACGGAGGACAAGAAGUCGCCGACUCAACAGGAGGUGCUCUCGGCCCUGAAGAGACGUCUGGAGCAGACGAGCGUCCCGCUCUUCCCACGGCAUCGCCUCCGCAUGCUCUCGAAACUUGCCGAAGGGGCCUUCGGAACGGUGUACGUGGCGGAGGCUGAGGGGAUUCCGGAGUACGGCACGACGACCACCGUCGGCAAACGCCUCGUCGCCGUCAAAUUUUUACUACCGGAAGCCAGCGAGAAGGAAAAGUUGGACUUCCAACGGGACGUCAGGAUCUUAGCUGCCUUGGAGGAUCGCAAUAUCGCUAGAGUCCUGGGCGCCUGCUGCCGCGAGGAGCCAUACUGUCUGGUAAUGGAGUACUUAGAACACGGAGAUCUCUGCCAGUUCCUCAAGACUCAUAUCACUGCCGAGGACGCCCACUCCAUGCCCAUUGGCGUCAAAACGCUCAGUUUCAACUGUCUCAUCUACAUGGCAGCUCAGAUCGCGUCAGGCAUGCGGUACCUGGAGAAUUUGAACUUCGUGCACCGAGAUCUGGCUACUAGGAAUUGCUUGGUGGGCAAAGCUUAUCACAUCAAGAUCUCAGAUUUCGGUACGGACAACGAAUUGUACGCGUGCGAUUAUUACAAAGUCGACGGCGCUGUACCGCUGCCGAUACGUUGGAUGGCCUGGGAAUCCAUAUUUCUGGGCAAGUACACGACGAAGAGUGACGUAUGGGCGUUCGCCGUGACCCUGUGGGAGAUCCUGAACCUGGGCAGACGGGUUCCGUACGAGCACUUGUCGGACGAGGAAGUGGUGCAGAGCCUGCGACGGCUGCACCGGGCAGCUGACUGCCCCGACGCCGGUGGCGAGAACAACGGCUGCAAAGAGAGCACCGACAACCUUUUCGAUUAUCUGCCCCGACCUACCGCGUGCUCGAAGGAUAUUUACGACCUGAUGCUCGAGUGCUGGCGGCAGGAGGAGAACGAGAGGCCCACCUUCCGGGAGAUUUCGAUGUUCCUGCAGCGAAAAAACCUCGGUUACGCGCCCACGUCCUGAUAUUGAAUGUUCCGCGACGUCGAUGAGCACGAUGUUCUUGGCGUUUGCCGUUCCUGCCCGGCUGGGAAUCGCUCGAACACUCGCCGAGAGACCGUCGACGACGCGAUGUAUCCUCAUUGGAUUACCAUGAGGACCAAGUUCUGAUUCUUUUGGCGGGAACGAGCUUUUUCACUAGGCCGACGAACGAUCUCGCAGGGGUGCGAGACAUCGGAGGAGCGGAUACAACGACAACACCGGUCCGAUCUUGGUCAUCUCGAACCUCGAACCUCGGGAGACUCGGUCGUUACCCGAAUUCUCGAAGAACCGACGAAUUCGUCGAGCGCCGAACUCGAUCGAGAGAAAGGGUACUCCGUGAGUUCGGGUGUUUCGCUUUGGUACGUAAGAAGGGAACGCGCGAGACCAUCGGGACGCAACGACGUCGGAUACGCUAGCAUUCGAUGAACUAUUGUUUAGACGUUAAGAUCUCUAGGGAAUACAAACGUGAAACUGUGAAUUCGACAAUCGAGAGAACGCGUGGACGACCUUUGUUCGCCGAGAGGUACCAUUUUUCCGUGGGGUUCUCGGUGGACGUCAAGGGUCCGUAAUGAUCGUCGAAAAUUUAGGAGCAAUAUCGUGUAAUCGUAAUACAGCUGUGAACAUUCCUGCAUGGAUUAAAAGAUGUACGUCUAUAUCGUCGAGGUAAGUAAGGAGUAUUCGUUACUUAAGGAAUUAGAGUAGGGAGGGGCAACUGUGGGCAUCGCGAACGCUCGAGGGCCAUCGUUGGGCUACCAGACGUUACUGCAAGCUUUAAUAUACAUUAGUUUCGUUUACAAGUACGUUUCAGUGUUAACAGUAGCAUAUUUCGUUGCUGUUAAAUUUAAUUACGAGAUAAUAGUUCUCGAUAAUAGUUCUAAAGCCUCUUCGAUGAUGCGGAGGCUGCCAUCUUGGAGAACAACUCGCGUACACUAUUUGAAUGGUACCUAGAGUACUCUAUUCGUGAAUUAAAUUUCUUACGGUACAUCAGUUACACUAAUUUCGUCAAGGAAACCAUUAAAACAUAGUCUAGAAACGAUUUAAAGAAUAUCUAAAGAACUGUCGCUCUCGCUGCGCCUCCUGACCCGACCAGUUGCCCAUCCUUGAAUUAGAGGUUAUUCAUCCAAAACGAUGUUAUUUCGGAAGAAUGAAAAGGAACCGCAUCAACGUACGGCAAUACGAUAACUAAAAUAUCAGAUUCCUUCGCGGGAUGAAACAAAAGAAUUGAAAAACGGUAUACAUAUGAAUCAAGUGGGUAUGAAUGCGCGUGGACGCGUAGAUGGUUACAUUUCUCAUCGUGCGUAAAUUAAUCGUAAUCGUUAGGCGUUCGGUAGGCUUGCUUCGAAUUUGGUUCGUCGAAGCAAACGAAGACUGUCGAAUCUCGUGUAACUUUACAGAGACACGGUAGGGGCUCUCUUGUGCACGGCGAAAUCGUAUAAAAAUCUCGCGUAGAUAAUUGUUUCACGGCUGAUAAACGGAUCAGGUUGCGUUCGUUCAGAUGCAAUGCUAAUACUCAUCGGAGAAAGGGCCAACUUGUCCUUUUCGUACAUUAAAAUGCUUUUAUAGCAUCAUAAAAGAAAUGUCCCUGUUGCAAUGUGUAAAACAUCAGGUGUAAACACUUGGUAAUUGUAGAAAUAUAAACAAUUACGUAAGAUGUAACUUGCGCUAGACGCUACGAGUAUUGGUCUGUUUUCAUCGAGUUCAUUUUUUGUUCUCUUUCCAUUUUACUCUUCCAAUCAGAGAUAUACACGCGACUGGUCAUCUCUAAAAUUAUCGAGUACCCACGCCUAAUGUUCCACGCGUUCCAACGGGGAUAUAUAGGGACAGGUCGAGGCCUUCCCUUGGCAAACGAGUAGGUUAAAUUAGGAUUUCGACGAACAGAAGCAACGUGUCGAGGUCGUGAUCUCGCGAGAGAGCUCGGCGAUAUCAUAGUUCGUGAUUUACGUGGAGGAAACGGUAUACAUAUUCUCUGUUAAGAAGUGGUGGCUCGCACCACGACUAUGACACAUCAUAAUUGUAACUUUAUAUGAUAGGCGGGAUCAAUACAAACAUACAUAAAAAAAAAAAAGAAGAAAAGAAUUAGUAUAUUGUACAUAUAGGCAUACAUCGAGAGGUAAUAUACGUUUAUCAUUGCGUUGACGCGAACGGGACGAGAUUAGCAGCUGACGAGUGUUAGAGUCGUCCUUGGAAAUCACGGUCCUUUCUGUCUUCUCUCUUGGACGUGAUUUCGCUGAAGGACGAGCGAAACUGGCUGCUUUGGGGCAGUAUUUCCCAAAGUAGGGGGUAUCUUCUAUCGAACAACUGAAAAACACCUUUUUGUAUUAAUUUGUAUGGAAUAAACUAAUAAUUUUCAUUGACAUUUAACAAUUAUGUAAUCGUGUUGUAUAGAUUCACUGAACGUUUGACUGAAAUGGACGUUUUCUAACAUUUAAUUGAAUCAGUUAAUUUUGAAUUAAUUCAAAUAAACGUAAUAACAAUUUUGGUAGUGAGCUCCCUCUGUAAAAAAUUUUGGGAACCACUGCUCCAGGGGUCAAGGAGCGAAAGUUUCGCGUAAAGAAGCAUUCAUCGGCGCGAUCGACAUAUCGGAAAAUUGGUAUCAAUCUCAAUGGUAUUAAGAAGCAUGGAGGGACAGGGAACGACGACUUUCAAGAAUUUCGAAGUUAAACGUUCGUUUAGCGAUGCUAUUCUCACGACAUUCGAUUAAUUAAUCACACCAAUCGUUAUGUUCCAUGCAUUUAUAUCAGAUGAAAUACUAUCGAUAGCAUUCGCAAUAUCUAGCAUGUAGGUGAUGUUACCGUUAUAACAUUAAAAAUACUAUUUAUAUAUCUUAAUGUAAUUCGCCACGUAAGAAGUAGAUAGUCGGAGACAUAGCCGUUCGUAUAUAAAACGUACGUACGUUGAAUUUAAACGUAACAAGUGUCGUCGUCUAACCAGUGAAAGAAGAAAAAUGAGCAGUGAAAGUUUGCGUUAUUUCGAGGUGGAAAGAAUCGUAGUUCGAAUUUGUGGAGUUAUGAAACGAGUAUAGAUUCAUUCGGCUAAUUAGAACUGUAGUAUCAUUCAACGAUUUAGCGUUAUGUAUAAUUAACAUUGAAGAAACGAAAGCACUGAAAAUUGAUAAGUGAAAGUGCAAACGACUCAUAGUUGCGUUUAGAUUCAUCGAUGUAAGCAUAUUGCUGCCUUUGGCUGUAUCGUUGCCCCCCUACUGCUAACGAGUAACUCACUUGUCUACUCAUGUGAUAAUUUAGUAUAUUUCUACGUACCUACCUGUAUCUACCGGUUCUCAGUAGCAAAAGGAUUAUUCGUCUUGCGCUGCGUUCAAUCUCAAUUUCAAGCCAAGUCGAUCUUGGUCGGUAGAGAAAUGAAAACGAAAAUUAAAUUAAGCCUGUUCAUGACUAUCAAUAACCACGAAAUACUUCAACAGAGGAGUUAUUCUUAAGAGAACCUCGCGAGACAUCAUGUAGUUCAGUUGCUCUUCAGGGAUGGGCAGAAUUUAAAUAAGCUUUUACUCUUUCAAGGUGGAACAUCAUUUAAUCGUACGAUUCAGACUAUUCACUGCAAACAUAACACGUGAGACGUUGUUCAUCUGCGUUGAAUGCCAUCUUUUUCAAAAUUUCUCAUCUACAUGAGAAUUUUGCCCAUUCCUCUUUCUUUAUUUUUGCUAAAAUCUGACGAGUUUCUAUCGUGAACGUGCGCAAUCCUUUCUCUGCUCAAAAAUUCGCGCUGUAUAAUCUAGAUGGCUUGCUUCUACCUAGCGUCGACUACUCAUCUUUUCUCCUGUGAUUUCUAAAGCUUCGCUGUUUUCGUUUACGAAGACACUCUAUCGCCCGGUUUCAAUGAAUCGGACGUUUCAUGAAAGAUUCGCGAGCUCCGCGUUGAUUUCAACGAUACACCCAACGAGGUGAAUUGGCAAUCGGUGAGAGUUUGCUUCGACUUGAUUGAAUAAUAUUUUGCAACGAAUGCACGAUCGACAAUCACUCCUAAUCAGACUCUAAAAACGUUUCUCAAUCAACGAGACACGUUUUAGCAAUGAAUGCAACACUUUGGUAGACGUAUAACUUGUCUUCUUUUAUUUUUAAACCGUAGCCAUUUUUGUGUUUAAUUAUCCAACGAAGCUGCGAACAUAUCCAACACAUACCUGGAAGUUUUAAACAUAUUAAAUGAACGACGAAGAGGUGAUAAGAGCAAAGUUAAACAGGCAGCAUCGAACCUUUAUUAUUUCUAUUAAAUAGUCUAUAUAACGCAGUCGACGAAAGCAAUUUUGCAACAUCCAACAAUGAAAUGAGUUAACAAGAAAAAAUUGUCACCUGAUUCCACAGUGGUCAUCGAGUCGCAUAAAAUGAAACGAACUUUCCAUGUAUCUGACUUUCUUAAGUGAAUAAUACCGGCUCUAUUGUCGCAGUUCUAGGAACUCACUGAACAUUGUUAUCUACGUAUUUAUCGAAUCCGAUUUCCAGCACAUCCGAUUGUUAACCUGACGUGGAAUUGAGAGAAAUGUUAGAGGUAGUCGCGGAAGACUGUGGAGAGCUCACCUAGCUAUAUCUUCUAUUCAGGCACGGGCAAUCUAACAAAGACUUUCUCGCUACGGCAAACAAGCGCGUUUGUUUCGUAACAAACGUUCCUUCCCGCGUUCUUCUCUUCUUAGAGCAAUAAUUUUACGAUAAAACGUGACUAAUUUCAUUGCGCUCUACAGGAUUAUCCAGUGUAAAGUAUUGCGAGCUGUUUUCUCAGAAAGUAACGAAGAAAUCUUUCUAAUUUUUUCUAAAUAUUGUUUGGAGUAAGUGUUAGAUGAGAAAAGAAAAUGGCGAAGGGAGAAGUUGGUAUUAAUUUUAUAUCUGGUAAACUCAAAGAAUUUUUUAGCAAAAAUGAAGUCGAUAUCUUUAUUAGUUUCUUAGAAAACAUCCUGUGGCACUUUAUACCUUGUAUUUCGUUCACGCAAAACCCUCGGUAUUAAUUAGUUCUUUCAGCUUCAAAACGGUAAUUGUUCUCUGUUUUACUUUCCAAGUACUUUAUUAAUAGAAAAUUGUCACGGUGGUGAUCGCUGGUGAUCUUCCUGGCAGGAAACGUGUUAAUAAAAAUUACUGGAGAAUUUGUAAAUACCGCACUCCGGAAACUUGACAAAAAAUUGAUAUAAUUGAUCUUUCUGAAAAGAUAGAGAGUGGGAGAGAGAGAGAGAGGAGGGGGAGAAAGAGGGAAACAGAGGGAGAAAAAUUGCUGAUAGGCCGUGAAAGGUUGCCUAGGCCUGCUCUACGCUAUUGAACCUUAAUCGUUAUAGUCAUAAAAUUAUUUUGUACUAAGAACUGUUUAUAAUUUUGUAUCUAAUCUCUGUAAAUACCAAGCAGAUUGUCUAUGGCUAAUAAAGCUUAAACAAAAUCGAUAUAAGUAGACUAUGUAAAGGGAAUUAUAUAUAUAUAUAUAUAUAGGUAUUUAUAUUUUAAUUAGCAAUUAAGAAAGGUGAACGAGAUGAUGUAAUUAAAUUUCACAUAGGCGAGGACUGGUAAUAUACCAAUGUACAACGAUCUAGGAACUAUUUGUAUUAUACAGGUGACAAUUUAAGGGACAAAUCAUUAAAAAAAAAAAAGUAUACAUGUUACUCGAUAGCCACGUAUGUGUAUAGGGUCCUCCAUUGAAUAUUUACCCCUUGAAUU